GAGACUCUGAGGGCCGCGCCUGCGCAACGCAGCCCUUGCUUCCGCCCUCAACCAAGAGGGUCACUGGAGGCUUCACUAGACUUUGCUGCUGCGGAGAAUGACCAAUGUUAAGAUGGCGAACAGCGGGUGGGAGUCGCAAGGCGAUCGGCCAGUCCGGAAGCACAUGCCCACUGGGGCAACCAAUAGGCUGGGGGGUCAAAAUGUCAUUUGGUUUACGACAGCCGUUAAUAAAGACGUCGGCCCGUGGCUUCACCCCGUCUCGCCGGGCUGGCUUUCGCUUUCUAAGGCUCGCUAUGCCAUGGGCGCCAAGUCGGUGGGGCCCCUGCAGUACGCCUCCCGCAUGGAGCCCCAGCUCUGCGUCUGCACCAGCGAGGCCCAGGACGGACUUCAGAAGUUCUGGGUGGUGAGAGCUGGCACCCAGACUCCAGAGGAGGUGGGGCCCCGCGAGGCAGCCUUUCUUGGUCCAGGUCUGCGCAGGCGCAAGGGUCUCACCAGGAUGGCAGAUCGGGAGCCCUCCCCAGCCCCCCAGGACCCUCUGAACUGGUUUGGAAUCCUGGUUCCUCACAGUCUGCGACAGGCCCAGGCCAGCUUCCGAGAGGGCCUGCAGCUGGCUGCAGAAAUGGCCACCCUUCAGAUCCGCAUCAACUGGGGCCGAAGCCAGCUCCGGGGGCUCCAGGAGAAACUCAAGCAGCUCGAGCUGGGGGCUGCCCAGCCUGGGAUCACAGAGGCAGGGCAGUGAGCACAGCUGUACUUCGAUGUGGCUGCCUCAUCUCAGGCCUUCUUCCUUCACAGAUUGCCCCUGCCCUCACUCCCACCCCAGCUAAUCCUCCCUCCUUAGAAUUUCUCUGGUCUCCAUGUUUCCAACUUGGUUAGGUGUGAAAGUUUGAAGGGGCAAACUGAGGAAUGUUGGAAGUCACUACUGUGAAACCAUGUCUAGGCUUGUAUUCUGCUAGGACACAUGUGGGGCAGGUGCAAAGCUCUUCGGUUAGUUCUUAUUUGUGAACAGCUAGAACAAUCUCAUGGAUAAAUCAGUUGUGGUUGCAUAGCUGGAUGAACCACUGCACAGGCAGUGGCAGGGAAGUGCAAGUAGGCCUUCAGCUUCACUAGAUCCUCAGAACUGACUUGGAAGGAAAACCAUACACGGCUAACAUCAGGACAGUAUGAUUCCACAGUAACAAAAAACACAAACACCUGAGUAGGUGGGCAGCCUUUGAGCCAGAAAGUAAAAAAGAUCUGACUUAGAUUUUCAAGGGAACUCUAAGAGACUUUUCACGUUUUUAAAAACCUGCUUUUAUCUUUCCAGGAGUGAGACAGCCUCUUUUAAUUUGUUGAAGGGCCAAUUGUAUUUCCUGUUCUGGGAACUAGGUGUUCUUGCUUCAUUUUCCUAGUGGGUUGUUGGUACUUUUAGUAGUUUCUGGGAGCUGAUCUUUAUGUUUGGGGGAAAUUAGUCCUUUGUUCAUAAUAUGAGAUGUAAUAUUUUUUCCCAGUUUAUCUUUUAACUUUGCUUAUGGUGUUUUAAUUGUAAAAUACUUUUUAUUGUAAAAUAAAACACAUUACAUUGAACUGCA